GGCGGCGGGCUCGGGAGUGGCGGCACGCGAUUGGCCGGCUCGGCGGCAGCCAAUGGGAGCCGAGGCCCUGGAUUCAAACGGGGCGCGGCGCGAGAGGCGGCGGUUAGUGCACGCGCAGCCGUGAGGGGAACCAGAGCCGUUGUUGGUGCCGCUGCUCCUGCUGCCGCCCGCCAUGGCCCACAAGCAGAUCUACUACUCCAACAAGUACUCCGACGAGCAGUACGAGUACCGACAUGUGAUGCUUCCGCGAGAACUUUCGAAACAAGUGCCAAAAUCUCAUCUGAUGUCUGAAGAAGAGUGGAGACGACUUGGUGUUCAGCAGAGUCUUGGCUGGGUUCACUAUAUGAUCCAUGAGCCAGAACCGCAUAUUCUGCUCUUCAGAAGACCACUUCCAAAGGAUGAGCAGAAAUAAGCCGUGGCCUUUGGAAUCUUCUGGAACUAUGUAUAUGAGUGUAUAUAUGUUGGUAGUAUUCAGUGAAUACUUUUGAUUUACAAAACUUACAUCCAAACCUGUGCAUGAGCUGUAUUAUUCACAGCAACAAAGCUCAGUUGAAUGCAAUUCCAAACAGGCUGCUAUGAUGUUCAAAGAAUUCUUAUCUUUUACUGUUAAUGGAAGUGCCUCUCUGAAUUAAAUUGUGUUGUUUGUGUUGCAUGUUCUAAUUAGCUCAUGACUUGGUGUUUUUGCACUCAUAUUUUCUGCUGUAGUGUACUAUGUUCAAAUCCAGUAGCUUAACUGUUGAGUAGUAAGUAGGCUUAAGAAAUAAACUGUUAAAUGUUUCAUGAAA